AUGACUAUUCAGGCAUCUCGUUCACUGUUAAAAUUAUUAAUCCAAACACCGUUAUUAUCUCUAUCAACAAAAAGAUAUGCAUUGCGAACGUCCAAUAUACUGCACUUGAAUCAGAAAGCAUACAAUUCAUAUGGAAAUAGUGACGAAUAUUCCUUUCUUAGCCCAAUUCCAGAGGCUCAGCUUCGAUCAAAGUUACCUCGAAAUACUAUUAUCAAUUUCGUUCCACAACAAGAAGCGUGGGUUAUAGAGCGAUUUGGAAAGUUUGAUCGAAUUUUACCACCAGGUCUGGCUCUUGUUAUUCCAUUUAUCGAACGAAUAAAGUACGUUAAAAGUCUUAAAGAAAUUUGUUUAAAUAUUCCUACCCAAAGUGCUAUAACACAAGACAAUGUUACACUAGAACUUGAUGGUGUAUUAUAUAUAAAAGUCAUUGAUCCAUACAAGGCAUCUUAUGGCGUUGAAGAUGCCGAAUAUGCAAUCGCACAAUUGGCACAGACAACGAUGCGGGCUGAAAUUGGUCAAAUGACCUUGGAUAGAACAUUGGCGGAGCGUUCUCACUUAAAUGCAAAUAUAGUUUCCGCAAUUAAUAGUGCUGCAAUAGAUUGGGGUGUCGAAUGUUUAAGAUACGAAAUACGUGACAUUAAACCACCUGAAAAGGUUGUGGAGUCUAUGCAUUCUCAGGUAUCUGCUGAGCGGUCCAAAAGAGCUUCUAUUUUAGAAUCUGAAGGCGCGAGACAAGCUGCCAUUAACGUUGCGGAAGGUGAGGCUGAAGCUAUUCUUCUUCGUGCUGAUGCUACGGCUGAAGGUAUUCGGCGAAUUGCUUUGUCUAUAAAAGAAAGUCAUGGUCCUGAAGCAGUUGCUCUCACCGUUGCUGAAAAAUACGUAGAAGCUUUUGGACAACUUGCUAAACAAGGCAAUUCUGUAAUUGUACCAGCUUCCGUCAGUGAUGCUGGAUCAAUGAUUGCUCAGGUAUUCAUAGGGACUAUUCAUUUUCAUGUUUUGUGA